AGGAGGAGGGAGGAGGAAGGAGCCUCUCUGCAACUUUGGGAGCCCGCCCCAGCCCUGCCCGCCCGCCCGCCUUCUUUCCCUCCCUCCGUCUCUCCCUCUCCCUCUUUCCUUCCUCCCUUCUCCCUCUCGGGCCGGGACCCGCCUCGUGCCCUGCCCCGUGACCGGAGCCCGAAGACACACUCCGGGAGGAGAAGAAGGAGAAGCAGGAGGAGGCCGGUGCCGUUGGUGAAAGAUUAUCCUCCCCAUAUCUCGAAGACCUCAGGAAAGAAAGAGAAAAGUUUGGAUACUUUUCAACACAAAACACCAUCUCCAUGUGGCCUCCCUUUUCCCCGCCAAGGAAGACCGGCGCCGUUAAGGAUAAAUCCAGGCAUCUAUUUUUAAAAGCAAGAGCUAUAAUGACGAGGACUGCUUCCUUCGACUUCGUUGUCAUUUUUCCCCAAUGAAACACUUCUCCCAAAGGUUUGCUUGAGACACUUUUAGAGCUCUAUAUGAUGCAAAUAUACGAGUUCCAUAUAAGGCGAAUAUCCUACUGUUCUUCUUGCGUUCCAGGUAAAGUGACUAUACUAAUUUUUCUGUGAGUUCCGUAUAAUGUGAAUAUACUCCUUUUCAGUGAGUCCCAUAUAAGGCGACUAUACCACUUUUCGUGAGUUCUAUACAAUGCAAAUAGACUGCUUUUAUUUUUGGUGAACAAAGUUAUUGAGAUUUUGCUGCUCGGAAGCACUUUAAGAAGGUCCCCCAAAGGUUGCGGAGAUCGCCGAUUGUGCAGCAUCUCUGCUGGUUUCCUUCCCUUCAAGGAUCACAUUUCACCCCAGAAUCAGAACUUGAUCCCUCGAUCGAUUGACGGCCGAGAGUCACCUCUUGAUAUUUUUUUCUUUCCCCUUUUCCGACUUGGAAGAUUGUACCCAAAAGAGGGGAAAAUGAAGUUGAGGGACGCUGCUGUGCACUCCUGAUCUGGGCCCGGCAAGUUGUCUGACCAACCGACCGAACCCUUGGAAGGAAGGCUUCCCCGUUGGGAUCGUGGGUGCGGAGGGAGCGUCCAUGCUGAUGCGGAGCGCCUACCCUGAGCCAGGAGAGGGAGGCCCUGCCCCACGGACCCAGAGCCCUCGCUCCUGCUGCUGCCUCCGCCACCUGUCCCUGCGCCACCGGCCAUGCUGCACCAGGCGGCCUUCCUGCUGCACUGCCUCCCGCUGGUGGUGGGGCAGUACGACGUCUGCAAGUCCUGGGUCACCACCGACGAGGGCCCCACCUGGGAGUUCUAUGCCUGCCAGCCCCGGGCCGGGCCCCUGAAGGACUACGCCACCGUCCGUGUCCAGCCUCCCGGCAUCACCUGCGGGAAUCCCCCGGAGAGGUUCUGCACCCAUGAGAACCCGUACCUGUGCAGCGACGAGUGCGACGCCUCCAACCCGGACCUGGCACACCCGCCAAAGCUGAUGUUCGACAAAGAGGACGAGGGCCUGGCAACGUACUGGCAGAGCGUGACCUGGAGCCGCUACCCGGAGCCCCUUCUGGCCAACAUCACGCUUUCCUGGAACAAGAGCGUGGAGCUGACCGACGACAUCGUGGUGACCUUUGAGUACGGCCGGCCCACCAUGAUGCUGCUGGAGAAGUCGCUGGACAACGGCCGGACGUGGCACCCAUACCAGUACUACGCCGACGACUGCAACGAGGCUUUCGGCAUGCAGGCCCGCCGGGUCCGGGACCUCUCGGCCUCCUCUGCCAACCGGGUGCUCUGCACCGAGGACUACUCCCGCUGGGCCGGCUCCAAGAAGGAGAAGGACGUCCGCUUCGAGGUGCGCGACCGCUUCGCCAUCUUUGCCGGGCCGGAGCUGCGCAAUAUGGACAACCUCUACGCCCGGCUGGAGAGCGCCAAGGGUCUCAAGGACUUCUUCACCCUGACGGACCUGCGGCUGAGGCUCCUGCGGCCCGCCCUGGGUGGCACCUACGUCCAGAGGGACAACCUCUACAAGUACUUCUAUGCCGUCUCCAACAUCGAAGUCACCGCCAGGUGCAAAUGCAACCUGCACGCCAACCAGUGCACCUUCCGGGAGGGCAGCCUCCAGUGCGAAUGCGAGCACAACACCACGGGCCAGGACUGCGGCCGCUGCAAGAAGAACUUCCGCAGCAAGUCCUGGAGGGCCGGCUCCUACCUCCCGCGCCCCAACGGCUCCCCAAACAUCUGUGCGGCUCCGAACUUUGGCACAAACGAGCGGCCAAAGAGGGUCACCACCACCACCACAAGGGCUACCACCACCACCACCACAAGGGCUACCACCACCACCACAAGGGCUACCACCACCACUACCACAAAGGCUACUACCACCACCACUCCCAAAACAACCACUACUGCUACCACCACUCCUACCACAACAACCACCACUGCAACCACAACCACUACUACAACCACCACUGCUGCUCCUACCACCACUCCUACCACCACCACCCCUCCUCCUACCACCACCACCACCGCUGCGCCCAUUAUUGUCAUCACAACCACGACACCCACCACUACUACUACUACACCUCCCACGACAACAAGGCCGCCAGCAGCCACCGUCCGGCAGCCUGUGGACCUCCCUGCCUCCGUCUCUGUCCAAGAGGCACCCAUCAAAACAGAAGCGCCCAGCUCCUCUGGCGUGGCUCCGUUGCAGGCCAGCGCCGCUCCUCCAAAGACCGAAGCUGCUGCCUCCGUCCCGGAGAAGCCGCGACCCGCCCCUGCCGCCAAGGAGCCUCCCGAGAACAUCAGAGCCCCUCCGAAGGCCAAACCGGCACAUGGUGUGGCGAAAAAACACGGCAAGAAACCAGCAUCUCCCAAGGUCUCCAAACUCAUCCGGCUCAAAUCCGGCUCCGUUCCAGUGGCUCCCAUUGAAACCUUCAAAGACUGCGAGUGCUACGGCCACUCCAACCGGUGCAGCUUCAUCGACUUCCUCAACCUGGUGACCUGUAUCAGCUGCAAGCACAACACGCGGGGACAGCACUGCCAGCACUGUCGCCUGGGCUUCUACCGCAACAGCUCCGCCGAGUUGGACGACGAGAAUGUCUGCAUUGACUGCAACUGCAACCGCGUGGGCUCCGUGGCCAACCGCUGCAACGAGACCGGCUACUGUGACUGCAGGGACUAUGUCACGGGCCCAAAAUGUGACGAAUGCGUCUCCGGCUACUACUGGCGGCAGGGAUGCCUGCCCAACGUCUGUGACGACGAGCUGCUCCUCUGCCAGAAUGGGGGCACCUGCUCUGGCAACCAGCGCUGCCUCUGCCCACCGGGCUUCAAGGGGGUCCUCUGCGAACAGACCAAGUGUGAGGGCGAGAACCAGGACUGUGAUGCCACCGGGCCCCGUCUGUCCCUCAGUCCUUGUGCCGCCCUCCUCGGCGCCCUGGGCCUCCACCUGAGACACACCAUGGACCUCUGAGGCUGGGCCCACACGCCCCAAUGGGGGGAUGCGAGAGGCUGAACGCAGGGAAGCAAGAGGGGCCUUCCUUUGCUCCAAGAGGAUCCGAGGGCCCCGCUCUCCCUCCUUUUGGCACCCCCGUCUUCGAGGACGGUGGCCAUCAGGGAGCGAUCCAUGGACCGGCAAUGGCUUCCUCCUCUAUUGAUCGAUAAGAAUCUGCCAAAAAAAGAAAAGCGUGUCGCCAAUCUCCGGUGUCGAGCUGCGCAGCUGUUUAUCUCCGAGUCUCUUUUCCGUUUGUUACUUUCUGAAGCCGCCAUCUUUCCCGUGGAGAUGGCUGGCCGAGGAACUCGGUGGACUCCGUCCGUCCCACCGGCCGAACCCUGGCGUUAUACUGUUGCCUACAAAUCGAGUUGCUGAAUUUUAUUAAGUUUUUGUACGGUAUUUUUUUUCCUUCCUCUCCUCGGUUUCUACUUCUUUGGUUGUCGGGAGUUUUUUGGUUCCUUUCCUCGGGGCGGAACGAGGCCGCUUUGUAACGCGCUGCCCAGGCUUUACGGUUCAAGAUCCCGCCUCCCUUUUUUUUAAAGUAGAGGAUUAUCUUAAUUUGGUGAUAAAUGUCCUCAAAGGAUAACAAAACACACGACCACUAACGCCGCCACUCACUAGAGAGAAGUUUUGCUGUAAGCGUUAUGAUGUAAUAAUCCCCACGACAGUAAAGCAACCUACUCAUGG